UGGUCGGUGGCUCGCGCGCGGCUCGGCGAUACUCUGGCGCUCGGUCGACGAACAGUCAGUCGUCCCUGGCCGUUCGAGGGGCACGCAGGAGUUCGAUGGUUACGCGUUGUUGAUUACGUUGCUCGGUUUUAUCGUGUCACGCGGUUUAUCGUUCACCCCUCGACGUUAACAACACAUCACAAACCCCUCUUCUAUCUCUUCCAAUUCGAGCCAAUAUAUAAACAUAUAUAUAUAUAUAUGUACUGAGUGUGUGUCGAGAGAAAAUCACGCUUUUUCUCUCCGUUUCUUCUAUUCCUAUUAUAUUCUAUACUCGAUCCUCCCGAUUAUAUUUUCUUUACGUAUUUGUACUCGGUCGGUAGACCGUGUUCCAUUUGGACACAGUCUACAGCGCGACUGUAUACGUCAUCGCAGUGUGCUCUAUGUGCAAUCAGUGAGAAAUCAGCCGGUGCUCAAGUUCGGCCCUCCGCGUCCGUCCACCUCCGUGUCCCGUCCCGUGUUUCGUCGUCUCCUCCUGCCUCCCCCCUCCGCUCCCCCCCUCCGCCCCCUCCCUCCCGCCCCCCGGAUCCUCACGGUUGCUCUCGUCACCUCGAGAGCACCACGGCUACAUUUAUGGGGGCGUCGUGCGCGGUCAAGGGCAGCAAGAGCCACCCCUGUCACUGCUGCAGCCACCUCGCCAGUCCCGGCGCGAGCGUGCAACAGCAGCAGCAGCAGCAGCAUCACCACCACCGCCAUCACCACCAUCAUCACGAGACGCACCACGCGCACCACCAGCACCAUCAUCACCACCACUCCGCCGGGAAGCAACCCUCCGCCGAGCUGCAGCCGCAGAACAACAACGGGGAUUGCAACAUACUGGCACCGCUGCGCAGCAAGAUGAAGGUGUUGAAGAAAUUGAAGCGCAAGAUGGGCCUAGCACCAAGAUCAUCCAGUGCUGGCACUAACAAUCUGCCACCACUGACGUUCCAUCAAGUUCAUGGUGAGAACAUCAGACUCUGCAAUGGCGGGACUAUUGCCAGAAGAUACGAAAGUUUUUGUAGAGGCAUCACAUUCAGCGCACGUGCCGUGCGGGUUGGAGAAAAGGUCUGCGUCAAAUUCCUCGAGAUCUCGGACAAUUGGAGCGGCGUGAUCCGUUUCGGUUUCACCAGCAACGACCCGAUCAACCUCAGAAAUGGGCUUCCGAGGUACGCCUGCCCAGACCUGACCAACAAACCCGGUUACUGGGCGAAGGCCAUGGCCGAGAGAUUCGCCGAAAGGGACACGGUGCUCUUCUAUUACGUCACGUCCGCGGGGGACGUGCACUUCGGGAUAAAUGGCGAGGAAAAGGGCGUGUUCUUCAGCGGUGUCGAGACACGGGGCCCAUUGUGGGCCAUCAUCGACGUGUACGGUAACAGCACAGCGAUCGAGUUCGUCGAUCCGAACAGGCAACACUUCAAUAACAUCAGAAGAGGGACCGAGCACAGCAACGAGGACAACGCGCAACACAGCAGGCACUCGGCAAUGGACGACGCGAGCAACGCGAGCAGAGACGUCGAGAGGAUUAUAGUUCCGUCCAUGCAGGGAAUGUCGAUCCAUCACGAGCCCGACGUCGAGCUGCCUGGACUCAGGUUUCAGCCUCCCGGUGUCAUCUUCACGCCGUUACCCUUCCACUCAACUCGAGGCAGAAACAUCCGUUUCAGUAAUCAACAGUGCGUGGCGACAAGGACCGACACGGAAUUCUGCCAUGGCUAUGCAUUCACAAGCCAACCACUGCUGCUAGGCGAACGUUUGGUCGUUCAGAUCUUAGCCACGGAACCGAUGUACGUUGGCGCCCUCGCUCUAGGCCUGACGUCCUGCGACCCGGCCCGACUCACUCCGGAGGAUCUGCCAGACGACAGCGAUCUUCUAUUGGAUCGUCCAGAGUAUUGGGUGGUCUCGAAACACGUCGCCUCGAGUCCUCAACCCGGUGACGAGAUAGCCUUCACGGUGACUCACUUUGGGGAGGUGCAAAUGAGCAAGAAUGGCGGGCCACCGAACGUGGUGAUGCACGUGGACCAAAGCCUUCAAUUGUGGGCGUUCUUCGACGUGUACGGCAGCACGCAACAAGUGAGGAUGCUUGCAGAGAGGCCUACGUCACCGCCUAGACAGCGCCAAAGCAAUCCUUCACCGGCGACAGUGUUGCAACAGCAACAGCAGCAGCAGCAGCAGCAACAGCAACACUGUAAUCACAGCAACGCGGCCACGGAACUGUCCAGAUUCUCGGAAAUGGUUCAGUUUAAACCAGCCAUAGGCGGAGGUACCGUGCUAGUGGUGAAUCUUCCGCCUCAGACAGGCUACGUCACACCGUCCUCGUCCACGCCCCAACCCACUUACGCAUCUGCCGGGCACAGAAAUCAGCACGUUCAUCUUCCAGCGACAGCUGCCACCGCGUCCACGGCGUCAACGUUGCAUCCUGGAUCAUCCAGACAAUCCUCGCCACCUCUGACGGGCACCAUGGCCAGCACAGGAUCCUCCACUUACGUGGAGCCAGUGAAUUACCAGAGCCUCGAUGGCACCCUUAUCUCUCAGGCGUCCUCCCAUCUGCAACAAUGGAGCGAGGGCCUCCAACCUACGCCCGGCCAGCCCAACGAAUGUUCAGUUUGCUAUGAAAGGAGCAUCGACAGUGUGCUGUACAUGUGCGGCCACAUGUGUAUGUGCUAUCCCUGCGCCACCCAACAGUGGCGCGGCAAAGGUGGCGGACAUUGCCCACUUUGUCGAGCGACCAUCAGGGACGUGAUCCGGAUCUACAGAUCCUGAACGAUGGCGCAGCCAGUCCGCGAAAGGAACGGUUCCUCCAGGGGCUGAUGCCUGGCCAGCUCGCGUUAAACUCGUCCUCUCGAAAGGCAAGCAAAAACACCGUUUUCAUUCGUACAAUUCAUCGUACGCAACGAUGAUUUUUGGUGUUCUCGUCUCUGUGGAGAAACUAUGCUUAGGAUAAAUAAAUAAUCAUCGGAUAACGGACUCACGUAGAAGCGUCCAAUUAUUCUUCUGCUAAUUCUUCCGCAGAUUUGGUCCUAUGUUGAUGAGUAGUUCGAUUGUUACGAGAUUCUCAGGAUCUUAGAACUUUAGCAAACAAUGGGAAAAAGAAAAAUGUAGAAAUGAUGUUUCGGAUGGAAAGAAGUGAUUUAAAAUUACGUUUGUUACUACCAAAUUGAUAUAUGAUAAGACGAGAAUAUCAUAUGGAAUAUCUUCGUUGGAUCGUGAAGACGGGAAAGGUUCUGAUUCAUCGACGGUUUUGCUAUAUGGAUUUAUAUUGCUGAACUACACAAGGUAUUCGCACGGAAUAGAUGGAAAAUUUAAAGGAUUCUAAACACCGAAAAAAAUAAAAAUAAAUAAAAGUUGAUAUGCGAAAAUAUCAAUUGAGGCUUAUUUAUUAAAGAAUAAGCAAUUUAAUUGUUUAUAAUUUAAUUGUCCUUAUUGCUUUAAAUGAGGUGAAACGGUUUUCUUUGUUUCGCCUCAUUUGGUGCAAAAUUAUGUUUCUUGUAACUUGUAAAAAAAUAAGUUUCAACCGACAUCUUUGUAUAUCAAGUUUUAUUCGUUAUAUUUUUGGUUUUUAGCCUCUUAAAUCUUUUAUUUACUUCGUACGCGCACCGUAUAUCAGUUUCAAACAGAGAGAGAGAGAGAGACAUAUGUACACGUGUAUGCCUUUGAGCUUGACAGAGAAAUAAAGGAAUGAUAUGAACGUAUGAAAGAUAGAAAAACGAAUGAGUGAAGAGAUUCAGAAAGAAAGAAAGAAAGAAAGAAAGAGAGAGAGUAACAUUAAUCUUAGAUAUUUUCACAAUCGAUAUUAUAUUAUAAUAUUAUCGCUACCGUUAUUAUCAUUACACAACUUACUGCUGUUACUAUUCUCAGCCUUUUAGUUAUUAUUUUCAUUUUGUACGAUUAGUAAUAUUAUUCAUUUGAUUCAACAACGACAAUAGUCGUAAGUUAUUCUCGAUAUGAGAGAAUAACUAUAUCGGCGAGUACCAUUAUUUUUUAUCACUGCAGGCGAAUAAAUCAUCGUAUCGACGAAAGUAUCCGCCAUUUGUAUCCAACUUUAGCCGAGAUCGAUAUCGUAGCGUGACUUUUAUUUAAUGAUUAAAAAAAAAAAAAAAAAAAAGAAUAUGCCUCGUGUGAUUAAUAAAACAGGCGCCUAGGGCGCGCGUAGGUUAGAUGUUUAUGUCGCUUUUUUUUUAACCCCUAUCUGGGUUUUACGUUAUUCAUUUUCCUCCUUCGUCUUUUAAUUUGCUCUCGCAGAGUUGGAACGACCGCGUCAUAAUCAUCGUGUCCUCGAGCUUGCAAAAAAAAGACGCGCGAGCGCGUGUCCUUUCCUCGUUUGUUACUUUCGACAAUAACGCUUGGAUAUGUAUGUGUAACUUUGAAAAAUAUUAAUUAGCGGUUCGAACGGUACCAUGACUGGUGUGGCGUGGUGUAUAAUCGACUGCUAUUGUAUUACGUCGUACGUUAUUACCAAAGAAACAACGCGACAUGAUUCCUCCCCGCUCUGUGUACGUUUUCAACAAACUCGUACGCAGCAACUCCUUCAUGCAACCAGCCUUAAAAGGACGAUGGUUUUUGAUACGUUUUAGAAUUUAGCGUUACCGUUUUUCUACCAAGUUCGCGCGCCUCCAAUGCCACACAAAAAAAAAAAAACGAACGUAGACUCGUCUCCGGCAAUUACAAUGCGCAAGAUCGUAAGAACAUGUUCAAAAUUUAUAUUGGACUAUGAUGACAUUGACUAAUUGCGGCCAAUCGAGGUUUUCGAAUGUAAAUUAUGUUUUUUUGGAAAAGAAUUUUCGAUAUUUUGAAAAAUAUUAAAAGUAUAAAAAUAUAACUCCAAAAUAUUGAAGCAAACUUUGUUAUAUAAUUAGAAAUUUUAAUUAACAAUAGAGAAGUUUAAUCGAUAUUGAAUUAAUUGUAUUUAUAAAUAUAUUGUAGCAUUGACAAUUUCCAAAAAGAUACAGUUCAAGUUCGAAAACUUCGAGCAUUAAAAGAUCGAGGCAACAAAAGCGUAAAAUUGUUCAUAAUAUACUAUUAAUUAUGGAAACGAUCCAACGAGACGUUACACUUAUAUCUUUAACUGCAAACCUCCGCGUUAUAUUCCUAACUUUAUUGAAACGACAAAAGUACAAGCAAAGUUACUAUACAUUAGAUUGCGUAGCGUUUUAAGAAUCAAUGUUUAGAGACUUUUAUCAGUGUUGACGACUAAAAGGAAAUUAUUUGAGAAGCUCAAUAGUCAAGCAGACGUUAGUUCGUCAAAUUUUUAUAUCUUCGAUGUUUAAAAAUAAUCUUAUAAUCCAAUAUUAGAAUAAUUAAGUUUCUAUGAUUCUUUUGAUUAUGAUAUCUAACCUCUCUCGACCAUCGAGUUUCUCACUUGUUAUGGACUAAAAAUAAUUUAUAGAAUUUUGUAGCGUCUCGUAUGAUCGUUCUAUUACUAUUUAAUGUCUCGAAUAUAUAUAUUUUUUGCGAUUGUAAUUUGUCUGGACGAGUAAUCACUGCCCCACGAGUUUGCAUUAUUUUGAUGCGGGCAAAAUAUGAAAUUGACUGGUCGUGAAAUGAUAACAAUAAUCUCAUUGCACGGUCAGUUGAACAUCAGAGGAUCAUCCCUCCCCAUGUGAAAUCGCUUUAUUUUCGUACAGUAAUGAAACACGCCUAAGGCGGCGAUGUUUCUCUCUUCCACCCGGCUAUCAGACGCAAAAAGAAAAAAGAGAAAAAAAAAGAAAAAAAAAAAAAGAAAAAAUCUUAACGACGAUGAGAGACGAGCAUCCUCGAGGCCGUGCCUUAUAGACAUUUUACCGACAGUCGGCAUCUCGCGUCGUUUGACUCGCGUUGCUCGUCUGAGUUUUCUCCUAUCGAUCGACAGAGAUCGCCCUGGCCAGAAGUUCGUCUCCCGAUCAUUCGUUUUAGUGAUCGAUGCUCUAUGCCUCCGCUCUGUUGAGCCUAGCGCACAAUUAUAGAAGUAUUUGAAAAAUUUGUGAGGAUAAAGAAACGAGCAACGCAGUGUGUACAUUUUGAUUUGAUUUGAUUUCGUUUUUUAUUUAAGAAAUCGUUAAUUGUUGCGAGUAGAUUAUUCUUGUGAUGCGUUUGAAUAAGAUGAGAUUGAUGGAAAUUAAAAAUUAUAUAUGAAUAGUAAAUGAAUUAAAAAGUGAAUUAUUCAUAGGAUUUAAAUUUUUUUAUAGUCUACAAGAUUAUAUAAAAUUACAAAAGAUGAUGUAUUAUACUUUAUGCCUAAAAAUGAAUUGACAAUAAUCAAAUAUUACUAUGAUUCUAUUCAAGAAAUAAAUAAUAUAUUAAGUUGUUGCGAAUUACAUAUUUAUGUAAUAUAUUUUAAGAUGUAAAAAUAUUACAUAUUUAUAUGGAUUUAAGUACUUAAAUAUUCUUACAUAAAAUAUAAAAAUAAAUUUUACAUAGCUUCAAAACUCAACUGCCACUUUACUAUUCUAGUCUUUACAGAAUUGAAAUGCAAACUUUAUUAUUUUUUUAAAUUAUAAAUGAGAAAUCAAUUUUUGAAUCAAGAAAGAAGAAAUCAAUGGCAUUGCCAUUUGUAAUAAAAUUAAUUUCCAAUUUUUUGUUCCAAUGAUUUUAUAAAUGAUUUUAUGAAACAAACGCAUCAUGUAACUAAAAAAUCUUUACUGCCUAUCACAUCAAUGUUCUAUGUGUUCAAUUAGACAAACUGUGCUUGCUCGUUCAACGAUUUUCACACUUAUGUGUACCGGCGAAAAAAAAAAUGAUUUGCGUCAAACAUUUCUUCUCCUGGCAAACAAAUUGUUCUUCUUGUGCUUCUUUGUUUGCGUGGAAAAGAAGUGUUCGAAAGAAUAUAUUUAAAAAAGAAAGGAAAACGAAGAAUAAACAUUCGCUGGAAAGAGAAAGUAAGAGAUAAUGAUAGUAAUGGAGAGAUAGAGAGAGAAGAGAAAGAGAUCACAAAAAUUGGGAUUGCGGUUCUUUGCCGUUCCCGAAGAUGCGAGAGCAAAGCGACAGAGAGAAAGAAAAGAGAGAGAUAGAGACAUAAAGAGUGAAAGAAGAAUAUUGUCGUGUCGGACAACGGAUGCGCAAUAAAGCAGUAGUGAAAUCUCUAGUCCAGCGAGCGGCAGCUUUAACUCGCCUGCCAAUCCAAAAAAGAAAUGAUGAGGUAAUGAUGAUGAUAAUGAUGAUGAUAAUUGUUGAAUUAAAAAAGAGAAAGAGGCGAUCUUAAAAAAGAAAAAAAAACGAUUGAGUAUGAAAGAGAUAGAAAAUGAGAGAAUAAGAAAAGAUUAUGAAAGAUUAUGUAUAAGUGUAUUUGAAUAUGUAUGAAAGAAAGAAAGAUAGAGAGAGAGAGUGAGAGAGAUAGAGAAAGAGCGAGAGAGAGAAUGAACAGAAAUUUUAUAAAAUACAAAGUUUUAAAUGAAGAAAAUUUUGCUAAUUAAUUAUCGCGCGUGUCGAGCAAAACAUAAAAAAAAAAAAGUCACGUAACAUGCGUAACGAGAAUCUUUUUAUUAGGAUACUCUAUUUACGAUAGAAUCAUAAUAACCGUAAUCGCGUUCGACUUCGAUGAAAAGUGACAAAGGCGAAACGUCGUUCAAUAUUCGCUCUUUCCGUUUCGUACGUUAUCAAAAAAAGUAACGAAAGUAAAAAUGAAAAAAAAAAAAAAAAUUGAAUAAAUAAAAAAAUGAAGAAAAAUAAAAAUUAUGUUCCAUUGAACGUAAACCUACAAAAUAUACGAUCAAUGGUACUUUUUUUUUUACGAAGAUGAACGAUACUAUAGAUAUUAUAGAUACAUAUUGAUUAUUAUUCCAAGGAUUGAUAAUGAACAGACGUUCUCGUUGAUGCCACCCGUUCAUUGUCGUCGUGUUGACAUUUAUUACCAUUUAUAUAUCGGUGUACCGAUCAAUCGAUGUUUUUUAUUUUCAUCAUCGUUAUUGUGGUUCUUCUCAUAUGCCUUACCCAACCAUCUCUCAUACAUUUUUCAUACAAACAUAACAUUUUUUUUUUUUUUUUAUAUAAUAGACAUAUUCAAUCAACAAGUUGGAAUUUCCUUUUUCGAUUGUCAUGCGAGGACACUUUUCUUUAUUUUUACUAUUAUUUUUAUUAUUAUUAUUGAUAUUAAUAUUAUUAUUAUUAUUAUUAUUAUUAUUAUUUUUAUUUUUAUUAUUAUUAUUAUAAUUAUUAUUAAUAUUAUCAUGAGUUUUUUGUACCACCACUCGGCGAGAUACGCACGAAGAGCAAAUUUAAAAGCGUAUGUGUCAGGAAUGAAAACGACGAAUUCGAGACGCGCGCGCGCGCGUUUUUAUAUCAUGUUACACCGAGUGUACUAUCCGUUAUAUCGCAGUUUGGAUAAAAAAGAAGAAAAUAUGUCACCCUUUCCCUUCCCUCAAGAUUGAAAGAUGAUUCUAUGUGCGAUAAGAGUUUUCUGUAACUGUAAAGCUGUCGAUUACGAAUUUAUACAUAUGUAAUAUAAUUCGUGUAGCCGCGUGCUGUCCUACACAAUAAAAAGCCUGUAAUAUCUAUGAA